UCUCGCUCUCCCACACCCAAAGAGCGACAGGAAACAAGGAAGCUCUUGUGAAACGUACCCUCCUCUCUCUCUCGACCAUGGCUAACUUGAUCAGCCGCGGUGCGAUCAAUCAGAUCAUGGGCGGGGCCACCGGCGCGGCGGGCUACAACCCGACUGUUCAGGUGGUGAGCCUGAAGAAGAUGACCAACGCGGGCACCGACCGAUGGCGGCUGGUGCUGUCUGACGGGCAGCACUUCGCGCAGUCCAUGCUGGCCACUCAGCAGAACGAGAUGAUCUCCAGCGGUGAUCUGAAGGAGCUGUGCAUCAUCACCCUCAGCGACUACAUCGUCAAUGUCGUACAGAACAAAAGGCUUAUCAUCCUGUUGAAGCUCGACGUUACUUCUGGUCCUGCGCCCAAGAUUGGCGACCCCAUCAAUUUCUCGGAGGAUUCUUCGGCGCGGGUGAAGCCAGAGCUGGGAGGCGGCAGCAACAACAAUAACACCGGCCAUUACGGUGGGGGUUCGAAGCCCAACACCGGGGGAUACGGAGCAGGACGGGACGUCAAGCCGAAGGUGGCAAACAACCCCUACGGCGCCUCCAACAAACAGGCGAACAACCCUUACGCAGGCGGCGGUAACAACAACUACGGUGGGGGAGGGGGAAACUACGGCGGCGGGGGCGGGGCGCGGGGCGGCGCAGCCAACAACCCUUACGCUAACCGCGGGAGCUCGAACAGCGGGCCGGUGCAGAGGCAGAGCCAGGACAGCGCGUACAUGCCGAUAUCGGCGAUCAACCCCUACCAGAACCGCUGGACGAUUAAGGCCAGGAUCACCAAAAAGGGAGACAUGCGUCAGUGGAACAACGCCCGGGGUUCGGGGACCCUUUUCUCGGUGGAUCUGCUCGACGAAGACGGGUCUGAGAUCAAGGGAACGUUCUUCAAGCAAGACGCGGACAAAUGGUUCCAAAUCCUGCAGGAGGGACAGGUCUAUGCCUUCACUGGUGGCAAGGUGAAGGUGGCAAACAAGAAGUUCUCCUCGUUCAACGCAGAGUACGAGCUCAACUUCGACUCUUCGACGCAAAUCAACCCCAUCAACGACGACAGCCGCAUCAGCAGCGCGACCUACGCUUUUGUGAAGCUGAACGAGAUGGAGGCGAUGGAGGCGAACAAGGUCUUGGAUGUGAUCGCGGUCGUCAAGAGCGUCGAAGACCACGCCCAGUUCGUGUCAAGGGCUGGCAAGCAGCUGGACAAGCGCAACUUGAUCCUGGUGGACGACACUUGCACGGAGAUCAACUUGACGCUGUGGGGGGAUAUGGCCAAGGCGGACGGGAGUCGGUGGGAGGGCAACCCUGUCGUUGCCUUCAAGGGCGUCAAGCUGUCCGAAUACAACGGGCGAUCGCUCAACUCGUUGAACUCAUCUACGCUGGUCAACGACCCCGACGUCCCGGAGACGGCUGACCUACGGGCGUGGUUCGAUGCCGCCGGCGGCGGAUCUAGCUUCAAGAGCGUCACCGUCAGGAACGGAGGGGGCGGCGGCGGUGACGAGGUGGCGAAGAAGGACAUCUCUCAGCGGUACACGUUGCAGAGCAUAACUGACGGCAACCUGGGGAAUGGCGAGAAGCCCGACUGGGCCGUUGUGAAGGCGACGAUCUCGUUCAUCAAGCUGGACGGAGAGCGGCUCCCGUGGUACACGGCCUGCCCGAAGGAAGGCUGCAACAAGAAGGUUACGGAGACAAUGGAAGGCGCGUGGCAGUGCGAGAAGUGUAACCAGACGCACCCGGAGUGCCAACGAAGGUACAUGCUGAACAUGCAAAUCUCGGACAACACCGGCAAAGCUUGGGUGACGGCUUUCAACGACCAAGCUGUGGAGCUACUCGACAACAGGACCGCGGAUGAGCUCUUCCAGAUGAAGGAAGAGGGAAACGACGCUGAGCUCGAGGAACUGUUCUCGGAGGCGUGCUUCAAGACGUACAUGUUCACCCUCCGCGUGAAGACGGACAUGUAUAACGACGAAACGAGGUCGAGGAAGACGCUGCAGAGGAUGGCGCCGGUCGACGUGAAAGCAGAAUGCGCGGCCCUACUGGACGCAAUCGCCAAGUACAACUAGAUGUUUGCUUAGAUGGCGAUACGGCAUGCAGUGUCGGUUGGUAGUCUACGAUGACUAUUUGCGUGAUUAGAGACGGGGUUGUGUUGGCGCUGGGUCUGGCUGUGGUGCUUCGCCAUCGCAGCAGCAUUGCGGUAGCCAUCGGCGAGAACGGUACUUUAAUAGUAGUCCUGGGCUGCUGUGUUGUACCGGACGAAUCCCCCUCCAGCACAACCUCAUGCAUGAACAACAAGAGAGCGAAUGACUAGCAUGCGCCUUGGUGAGAGGAUUGGGCGGGAAGGGAGUGGAGCACGCCGGCACCGUCGACUGAUUGAACGAAUAAGUAGGCGUUUGGCCCACACGGCACGAUGCCGACCAAGGCCAGGGUUACGUUUUGAACACAAUUGGGUGGGGGAUCGUCGCGCGGUAGAUACAUACCAUGGUACAGUCUAGCUUUCUUUGUCUCUUUGCCGUUUGUUUUUGUCUACGUAAUAUCAGUACUGUCCAUUAGGGUUUGUUCGUUUUUUUUCGGUACACGCGUAAGAUUUGUCUCAUUUGUCUCUUUGCUUUUAGGGUGCGGAGUGUGCCAUUUCGUUUUGUUUUGUGUGCUGGUGAACACGCGUGCAUGUUUUGUGUUGCAUGCGUCGUACAUCCUACUUUGCUGUCUUCAUUUGAUGAUCUCAAACCAUACGGUACAAAACGUAACUUGUUGGUGCUGGCGCAACGUACAUCCAAUGACAUUACGGCGAAUGUGAGGUAUGGGUCACCGCAAACAACGCUCGGCCGGGUGUUGUGCACCCCCGCACUCGUUCCAAUUGCCCCUCGCCAGUUUACGGUAUGAGGAAGGGUGGGCUCCGGAUUUUUGUUCUUGUGAUUUUGACGGCCGUGUUCUUUGAUUUCCCUCCCUGUCCCGCGGUCGGUCCCGCAAGUACCCGCCGCGCGUUCCGCUGGGUGUGUGGGGCUACAUCCACGGUUAACCCAUCCAUGUGUUUGUGGCACG